AUGCCAAUGGAAAGAGUGAAUCAGUCUGUGGUGUCAGAGUUUGUGUUCCUGGGACUCACCAACUCCUGGAGUAUUCAACUAUUGCUCUUUGUGUUCUCCUCUAUGUUUUAUGUGGCAAGCAUGAUGGGAAACUGCCUCAUCAUGUUCACUGUGGCUUCUGACCCUCACCUACACUCUCCCAUGUACUUUCUAUUGGCUAACCUCUCCUUUAUUGAUUUGGGUGUUUCUUCUGUCACUUCCCCCAAGAUGAUUUAUGACUUAUUCAGAAAACACAAAGUCAUCUCCUUUAGAGGUUGUGUCACUCAAAUCUUCUUCAUCCAUGUCAUUGGUGGUGUGGAGAUGGUGCUGCUCAUAGCCAUGGUCUUUGACAGGUAUGUGGCCAUAUGUCAGCCUCUCCAUUACUUGACCAUUAUGAGCCCAAGGAUGUGCAUCUUGUUAAUAGUGGCUGCCUCGGUGGGUGGCCUUAUGCAUUCUCUGGUUCAACUGGCUUUUGUAGUAGAUUUACCUUUCUGUGGACCAAAUGUAUUGGAUAGCUUCUACUGUGACCUUCCUCGGUUUAUCAAACUUGCCUGUAUAGACACUUACCAACUGGAAUUCAUGGCCACAGCCAAUAGUGGGUUCAUCUCUGUGGGCUCCUUCAUCAUACUUAUCAUUUCUUAUAUUGUCAUCAUAAUCACUGUACUAAAACACUCUUCGAGUGGUUCCUCCAAAGCCCUGUCCACACUUUCAGCUCAUAUAUCUGUGGUGGUCUUAUUCUUUGGUCCUUUGAUUUUCUUCUAUACUUGGCCUUCUCCUUCUACAAACCUGGAUAAAUUUCUGUUUAUUUUUGAUGCAGUUGUUACUCCUUUUCUGAAUCCUGUGAUCUAUACAUUCAGGAAUAAAGAAAUGAAGGUUGCAAUGAAGAGAGUAUACAGACAGCUGGUUAGUUACAGGAAAACUGCUUAA